AUGAUGCCCGUCGCACUACUACCCUCCACACCUGUAGCAUGUGCGUUUCUACUAUUAGUAGCGAUAGCACUAUCACCUCUCCUCUGUACGGCCCGAACUCCACGGCUUGAGUCAUACGAGCAAGCGUUUUCACAAAAGCAGAGCCAUCACUCGGGCGAGGCAGUUACUGCUCCUACGCAUCACCUGGUGUCGCCUGGACGGGCUUUAAGAAGACGCGGUCUCGGCGGUUUGCCCCGACUCCCCUCGCUUAAAGCCCUCCUGACGAUCCUCGAGGGCCGUUCCUCCCCAUCCCCCCCUCCGCCACGGUCUCCUCCGCUCUCCCCACCCCCCCCUCCCCUUCCGCCGCCUUCUCCGCGCUUCCCACCCCCCUCUUCCCCUCCCCCUCCGCCACAGCCUCCUCCGCCCUCCCCACCCGUCGCGCGUAACUUUCCCCUCCCUAUCACGUCUCAGCCACCCCCAUCUCCCUCCGUCCGCAGUCCCCCCUAUCCUCCCCCGCCAUCCCCUUCGCUGCCCUCUCCGCCUCCGCCGCUCCCCCUUGCUUCCCCUUCGACUCCCCCGCCCUCCCCCGCGUUGUCCUCCAUGGAUUUCUCCCUUCAGCCUCGGCGGCGAGGGGAUUCCUAUAUCACCGCCACUCUUGCGCCUCUCGGGCCUUCCCCCGCCCCCGCGCCUGCCCCUUCCCCUUCCGCCUCCGCCUCCGCCUCCGCACCCGCGUCGGAAGGGGGAGAAUCAUUGGGCCUCUUCCUACCUGUGGACGAUCCAGAUUAUUUCCCCCCUGACGGUCCGGAUCUCACCAAUUCCAACCCUUCAGGCGGCUCCCAAGGCAACAGCGGAGGUUCGGAUGGCGGAGCUUCCGAGCCUGGGUACCCCCCUCCGCCUCCCCCCAAGGAAAGGCCUCCAGGUUGGGUGGAGCUGACGUACGGUGGCGGGCCGGUGAAGCACGAGCCUAUUAACGCGUACCUACUGUACUACGGCGCGUGGGAGUCCCCAUCGUUCACCAUAGAGAACUUUAUCAAUUCUCUAAGCCAGGACCCGGACGAGUCAGAGGCCUACGGCGAAACUGACGCCUAUUCUGGCAUGGUGUCUGGGGAGGAAGGGGAGGUUUUUUCUGGGCAGGCGGCAUCUGUGUGGGGGUGGUGGAGAGUGGUGGGUCGGUAUACGGGGCGGGACGAGAGCAACCCUGGCAUCUUAGUCAACGUGACAGACCAGGUUAUUCUGGCCGGGUCGGGGAGGGACAACUACUCUGCUGGAAGUGAUCUAACAGGCUGUGAAGCCUCUGUUGAAACGGUUCUCAGCAAUGCGUUGGGCGACGGUGGCAUGCUUCCCGUAGACGACACGGCCAUCUACUUCAUUCUCGCAUCCCCCGAUGUAGCACUAGCAGCGCCGUACGAGAACACUUACAUGUGCGAUGACUGGUGCUCCCUGCGGCAGCACAUGAACUUCACGGCAUGGGAUGGCUACACGAGCAGCAUCCGAUACGUGGUUAUUGGCGACGCUAGCAAGUGCCCGGAGAAGUGUGCUCACCUAUUUGGCCACUCGUAA